UAUUUUAAAUGUGACGUACCUAUUUCCACAUUUGAACCGGUACGUUCAAGCGCUACGGAAGAAAAUUUGUAUUUACUCGUGCAUUUCUAGUAGAAAUAAGUGAAAAAUGUCGCAUUAUCAGUUUAAAACGGCCGGCCCCCUCCCCCCACCGGCACUACCUUCAGACAAGCUGCGUCUGUACCAUGUAGAUAUGAACCCAUACGGCCACAGAGUUUUACUCAUUCUAGAAGCUAAGAAGGCGAAGUACGAAGUGUAUAAGCUGGAUCCCUUGAGACUCCCAGAGUGGUUUAAGGCAAAUAAUAGACGAUACAAAAUACCAGUUCUGGAGGUGCCCACAGACCAAGGUGAUAAAUACAUAUUCGAAAGUGUUGUCAUAUGUGAUUAUUUAGACGAGAGGUACCCCAGAUACCCGCUACACUCCAGUGACCCCUUCACGAAGGCGCAGGAUCGGCUGCUGAUCGAACGCUUUAAUGAACUAAUCAAAGGCAGCUUGGAAUGCUUCGACACAAACUUUGUAUUCGGCAGUGAACAGAUCAUACACACUUUGGAUGUGUUUGAAAAGGAAUUAGCUUCAAGAGGUACGAAUUACUUCGGAGGCAGUAGACCGGGCAUGCUGGACUACAUGAUCUGGCCCUGGGUGGAGAGGCUGUACCUCAUGAGGGUGAUAAGCGAACGGAAGUUCGACGAGAAACGCCACCUGUUCCCCAAUUUUGCGGACUGGGGUGACCAGAUGCAAUUAGAUGACGUCGUCAAAAAGCACGCCCGCUCACCGCAGGAGUACUUUGACUAUUACAAAAACGCUAGAACCCAUUCCAUGGGAUAUUAUUUAUAAAAAAUAAUUAAAUGUUGCAAUUGGAAGCCUGAGAUAAUGUUGUAAAUGUUAGGCAAAGAUUUUUUUCUUUAAGUUAUAUUUUAUACGUCAUUUUAAUCGGUAUAAGUACCUAUAAAGCUAUGCGUG